CUCGGAGAACUGAGAGGAAGAGAAGGAGGGGCGGUUUGCGGGCAGGCGCGCUCGCGCACGCGCUUCCACUUUUUCCGCGUCCCUUGGGGGGGCGCGCGCCGUGGUUAUGACGUAAGCCCACGGAAGUGGGCGAGGCCGUUUGGAAUUUUGGCGCGAGAGCGGGGCGUUGAGGUUAUUGCUGCUGCUGCGGUUGCUGUUUUUUUUUUUCGGGCGCGCGCCUUGGAAGGAGAAGAGGGCGGGCGGUCCGCCUGGGGGAAGAAAAGAGAGAGAACUCUUACUGGAUCUCUCCCUCGCCGAAGAAAUUUGGGAGGAAAAAUAAAAAGGUUGGGAGAGAUAUGCCAGUAGCUCUUGAUUGUGCAGGGGCUGAGUCUCAACUGAGCCACACUCCUUUGCCAGUGCCUGCCUUCUUCCGGGAAGCAGAAUGCAGCUUUUCAGUGAAGAGAGCCCGCCAGCCACUCAGUUAUACCCUCCCUCCACGGCCACGACACAAAAGUACAUUAACAGUGAGCCGAAUUUUCUCUGACCGACGACUGCAGCCGUGGACCAGGCUCCAACCACGCAGUGUUUCAUUCCAUGCUACACAGAGACAAGAACCACUUCUGCGCAGCCGUCUGUAUGAUGCCUCCAAAAGAGAGCUGUUUUUCAGGCAGUGUUUCCAGCAGCUGAGCCGUCUGGGGCGAGGCUCUUUUGGUGAAGUGUAUAAGGUACGUUGUAAGGAAGAUGGACAGCUGUAUGCAGUGAAACGUUCUGUGGAACCAUUCCGAGGUGAAGGUGACAGACAGCGAAAAUUGGCUGAGGUGCGCAAGCAUGAACGUGUGGGGCAUCACCCCAACUGUGUGAGCUUCAUACAGGCCUGGGAGGAGCGUGGACAACUCUAUAUCCAGACAGAGUUGUGCCCAGGCAGCCUGUUGCAGUACUGCGAACAGUAUGGGCCACUGCCUGAAUGGCAAGUACAGGCAUUCCUCUGGGACUUGCUUCAGGGUCUACAUCACCUACAUAGCCGCAAUCUCUUGCACAUGGAUGUCAAGCCAGCAAACAUCUUCCUCUCAUCUAGCAACAUCUGUAAACUGGGUGAUUUUGGGCUUAUGCUGGAACUGGACUCCGGAGAUCUGAGUGAUGCUCAAGAAGGAGAUCCCCGCUACAUGGCUCCUGAGUUGCUCCAUGGAGAGUACACCAAAGCUGCUGAUGUCUUCAGCCUUGGCAUUACCAUCUUAGAGAUUGCCUGUAACAUGGAGCUCCCCAAUGGAGGCGAAGGCUGGCAGCAGCUACGACAGGGUUAUAUGCCCCCUGAGUUUACUGCAGAUCUUUCUUCUGAGUUGCGGACUCUUCUGGCUGCCAUGUUGGAGCCAAACCAUCAGCUCCGUCCAUCAGUGGAAGCACUGCUCUCUUCCAGCCUCAUGCAGAAGACUGCAAGAUGGCGAAAGUUGAUGCUGCUGGCACAAUCUGGGAUUCAGCAAGGGAUUUCCAUAUGCAAGACCCUCCUCAGGUUCAUGCAGUGGCUCUGGAAUACUCUGUGCAGCCCAGCUCAUUGGCUGUUUUUCUGGCAUCGGAAUGUUCCAGUUACACCUCCGCAUUCCCCCUGUCUCCUUCCUUUGGAAGACAGCAGCCUUUCUAGUGGCUGGGGUGAAGAAGAAGAAGAAGAUAUAGAAGAAAGCCUUGGUGAAGAUGUAUUUGAGCUAAUAGAGACAUCUGAACAUGACAACUGCAUUUACCCAGUUGAUCUGCAGUCCUCAGACCGACUGCCUGAUUCUCCAAUGCUAAAUGUAUGCCAAUGUGCAGGAAACACCUCCACACCACGGCACCUCUCUCCUCAGCUGACGAGUGGCAGGAAGAACAGGUCUUUGGUUCUUCAAGAUAGCCCCAACCUCAGCUAUAUCAGCCCCAAAUCCCCAAGCAGCAGUCCUACUCCAUCAGACUCACAGCCUGCAAACAGCCUGCGCCGCACACUAGUGUUUGAGGAUGAUGACGAGGAAGAUGAAUGGGAGGCAGCUGUUCACCAGUGUUCUAAUCAGUCAUCCAGUUUUGAACCAAAAAAUCUGUUGAGCUUGUUUGAAGAUUCCAUUGCAUCUGAGGAGAAAUGCCAGAGCUGAGGGGGAGUUUGGUUCAUUGAUUACAGAUGUGACUUGGCUGUAGUCUGAGUUAGAACCACAUACAGAGAGAAGACCGAUGUGAAAGAUCGUUAUUCAAAGCCAAAUUGAAUUUUCAAAAAGGGAAACCAGUGCUUGAAAAUCACUUGCUGUAGACAAAAAAUAUACAAGGUGAUGGGUUGUUUUUAAGCAAAAACUUUGAAGCCUUAAAAAGACAAAUGUUGCUUUCAGAAAUGUCUAGAUAGGGCACAAAGCACCUCUCUGAAUUAAAUGCUAAUUCAUGCCUUCUGUCUCCCCUCUGCCUUUGUAUUUUAAGACAUGUCUUGAGUAGCCUAACUAGGAGUGAGAUAAUGUGUUUUUGAGCUGGGUGGACUUUAUGUACAGUAAAUACUUGUACACUUCUGGAAGCUCAUACAGUGCAUCUACAAGAUUUUGCUGGUUGUAUAAUUGUGAUUUUAAGCUACAAUCUUACAUUUUUGUAGAAUCUAGAAAACUAGGCUACUUGUAUUUUGCUUAUUGACAUUAAUUAAAAGAAUUCCAUUUCUCACUU